AUUGUACAACAUGCAUGCCGCCUCGAUGGCCAUCAGGGGGCAGGAGCGUCGCUCAUUGUCUGCUCGAGCUGGGCGAUAUUACAAAUUUUGGUAUCUACUAGAUACUGACGAUUCAAUUGUAUUGCCUUCUAAUUUGAUCACUAAUAAAACGGGACACAGAUGUAGAAUGAAUACAAUGAUACAGAUUUAUUAUACAAUUGUAGUCAAUAGUGCACAUUAACAGCGAAACUUAAUGCCCUUAAUGCGUAUGCUUUUUUGCCAAAUCCCUCCUGUAUCAAACCAUUGUAUCGGCAAUACUGUAUAAACAAAUUUGUGAAGAAAAGACAAACUAUUAAUCUCAUCACGCUAGUAUCGAUCCGAUAUAGAUACGGCCGGUAUCGGUGCAAUUGAUAUUUGAAUCGAUCCACAUCGGCCAUUUUAUUUGGGAUAAUAUGAGGGUGAAGGUAGAGCAGGGAGCACCGAGUGAAUGAUUUUUUUUUAAGCCUAUAAGAUAUUUGCAUACGUUAGGAGCUGUUUCUAAAGAUUGCCUCACAUUUGGGCGACAUUGUUUUUGUUCUGUUGGAUCCCCCCCAAAUCCCCGCUCUGAUUGUCUAUGCUUACAAGCGGUUCGAGUUCUCAUGUUUCACCAUCCGGCUACAACAAUUUCAUUGUCUUUUGGUUGUUCGCAAUGCACUACUAAUAAAAAUGUGUGACCGCUGUCCUGUCUGUACAGACACACAUUGUAUAAUAUACAAUACAAUAUAAAUGAAUGUAUAAUACAUUUACUGUGUGGUGGAGGGUAAACAUUUAUAAUAUUAUUCAUAACAACCAAGCAAUGUGCAGGAGUAGUCGUACUUUGAAAAGAAAUAGAGUGGCGAUCACUCCCCAAAUGACAAUCCUUGUGUCAGUGGGCGCGCUUACCCUCGGUGGUGCGGUUUAGACUCAGCGAGGAUGGACGAUGUGUCGCCGGGUGAGGAGGUGCCAUCACGUUUCAAGUGCAAUGCCGAACCGGAUGAGGACGAAGCAGGAAAUGGCGGGAUGCUCACCUUCAACCAUGCGCACAUGAGGAAAGCAUUCCAGCUCAUGAACGACCUGAGGGGUAAGAACAUGCUAUGUGACGUCCAGCUGGUGGCGGGAAGCGUCACGGUGGCGGCGCACAGGGUGGUCCUGGCUGCCUCUAGCCCCUACUUCUGUGCCAUGUUUACAGGUGAUAUGAGCGAGAGCAAGGCCCAGCAGGUGGAGAUCGGCGAGGUGGAUGGACCGACACUCAGCAAGCUGGUGGACUACAUAUACACGGCUGAAAUAGAGGUCACUGAAGACAACGUCCAGGUUCUGCUGCCGGCCGCCAGUCUGUUACAGCUGAUGGACGUGCGUCAAGUUUGCUGCGACUUCCUGCAAGCGCAACUUCACCCCUCCAAUUGUUUGGGCAUCCGUGCCUUUGCUGACCUGCACACGUGCACACAACUUGUCAGCCAGGCGCACGCCUACGCUGAGCAGCACUUCUCUGAGGUGGUGCAGUGUGAAGAGUUUGUGGCUCUUUCCUUGCAGCAGGUCUGCAGCCUCUUCUCCAGCGACAAGCUCACCGUCUGCACUGAAGAGAAGGUGUUUGAGGCCAUGAUCUCGUGGAUCAAACAGGACAAAGCGGCUCGCGUGGAGCACAUGCCUAAACUGAUGGAGCACGUUCGCCUGCCUCUGCUGUCUCGCGACUACCUGGUGCAGAUAGCAGAGGAGGAGGCUCUGAUAAAGAACAACAACACCUGCAAGGACUUUCUCAUUGAGGCCAUGAAGUAUCACUUGAUGCCUGCUGACCAAAGACACCUCAUCAAGACGGACAGGACGAGACCACGGACGCCAGUCAGCAUCCCCAAGGUGAUGAUGGUGGUGGGCGGGCAGGCUCCUAAAGCCAUCCGCAGUGUGGAGUGUUAUGACGUCCAAGAAGAUCGAUGGUACCAAGUGGCCGAGCUGCCGUCAAGACGCUGCAGAGCAGGUGUGGUGUCCGUGGCGGGUCGUGUAUACGCGGUUGGCGGCUUCAACAGUUCCCUUCGAGAAAGGACAGUGGACGUCUACGAUGGUGUGAGGGACCAGUGGUGUCCCGUGGCGAGCAUGCAGGAGAGACGCAGCACGCUGGGAGCGGCCAUGUUGGGAGGUCUGCUCUACGCUGUGGGCGGAUUUAACGGCAGCAUAGGUUUGUCCACAGUAGAAGUGUACAAUCCUAAAAGUAACGAGUGGACGUACAUCACGUCGAUGAACACACGGCGCAGCAGUGUUGGUGUCGGUGUGGUCGACGGUAAGCUGUACGCAGUGGGAGGUUACGAUGGAGCGUCUCGUCAGUGUCUCAGCACGGUGGAAGAAUACAACCCUGCUACUGAUCAAUGGUGUUACGUUGCUGACAUGAGCACACGACGGAGUGGAGCAGGUGUUGGGGUACUGGGGGGACAGCUGUAUGCAGCCGGCGGCCAUGAUGGACCUCUGGUGAGGAAGAGCGUGGAGGUUUACGACCCGCAAAGCAACACGUGGAGGCCCAUGUGCGACAUGAACAUGUGCCGCCGCAAUGCUGGAGUGUGCACCAUCAACGGUCUGCUCUACGUGAUCGGAGGAGACGACGGCUCGUGCAACCUUUCCUCCGUCGAGUUCUACGACCCGGCCGCCGACAAGUGGAGCCUCAUCCCCACAAACAUGAGCAAUGGGCGGAGCUAUGCUGGCGUCGCAGUCAUCGACAAACCCUUCUGAGCGCAGGAAGUGCUCUUGACAUUGGAAACUUGACGAGCAGUCACAAAAGCGAGACGUCCACGGAGCUGAAACGAGCCAAUCAGGACGGAUCCUGGCGGGUUCUGGAUUGUCGCUGUUUACACUGUGGAGGACACUCCCGGUGAUAAAAAAAAAAAAGAGACGUAUGCACUUUGGUGUCAAAAGCACAUUUUCCUUCUCAGGCUCUCAAGCUGGAAGGAGCUGCUGCCAUGAGGUGCAUGUUGGAAGAUGCACCACCAGGCGGCGCUCUCACUGGAACGCUUCUUUGUUUACUUUGAGAGAAAGAAUUUUCAUAUGCAGGUGAGCUUUAUGAGCACCAGCAACACUGCUGAGGUGUGGACACUACUGAUGAUGAUGAGAUGAGGGUCACAUGACUGAUGUUUCAAAGUGCCAGUAGUAAUCACAUGUGAAGAAUGCUGACUUUGAAAGAGUCAAAAUUCACUGUAGAGUUUAAACUUUCUGGUUAUUUAUUACAUGCAAAGCAUUUGUUAGUGUCAAAGUCAUGUUGCCUUAGUGCUUCACAUGAUUUUACAUGUUUCCAAUAUGCUAAACUACAUGGAUUUAAAACAUUUAACGACCCAUUCUUGCAGCUUUUUACGGUUUAAGCCACUUUCUACAAUUCUUGAAGCGCCGGAUCAUUUGUGUGACGUCACCACUGCGCGUCAACAGCGACGAGGACAGCACAGCUAUGAAGCCCAGCUUCGGACAUUAUUUCCGGGUUUUCCUUCUCUGGGAAGCGCCAAAACGUCCGUCAUAACAAAAGAAACGGAGGAAGUUGAGCGUCUGAGAAAAGUUCGCAAAUAACCCAUAAUAUUGUUGCGUCCUAAUAGUCACAAAGACUGACGCCCUUUUUUAAGUUUUAUUGCCAAACUUGACACCAACUGUAGUGCAGUUCCAACAGUCAGCUCGCAUACACGCCUUUUCCUCGCCACAAUCGCAACACGACGAAUAAAAUUCAUAGCGAGGUGCAUUCAGGAACACCAGAAUUUUGAAAGUCAAUGUUACAGCCGGCAGUUUCAAUUCGUUAGUUUUAUAUGGAUGUCGCCAGGCGCCAUUGUUUACUACUACACCAGAAGCUAGCGAACUAGCUAGUCCAGGAGAAAAGGGGUUUGCGGUUGCGCUGACUCAGGAAAAACGCGCCCCUAGCGUUAUAACGGAUAACUGCUGAGUUAAAAAAGGAAAUACGUCGCUGUAGCAUACUGUUAUUCAAUUUAACUACUCGUUCGCGUGCAUAAGUAUGGAACAUUGCCGUGCACUGUCGGAUGUUGCACUCAACAAGCUGUACCCGGUGAGUGCGCAGUGCGGUACCCUCAGUAGUCGCCAUCUUGGCUACAUAACGUAAAGGAGUGAUGAAACUCGUUUUUUUUUUAAAUUACAACACACACACACACACACACACACACACCAUACAAACACACAAACUUGGCAGCAACUUUAAGUAACACUCAACAAAGAAUCAGAAGAGGUUACUGAACUCGAAUUCCUAAUUAACAAGCUUGUAAAUGUGGCGAUCGUAAUUUCCGGUAAGUGUACAAGGCAGUAAUGGAUUUGUGACAGCACUACACUCUCAAAAUUCAUGCCCUCUGGAGUUAAGUACACAGCGUACACCGUACAGUAGAUUGCCUUCCUUUUAUUACCAAAGAAAGCCUUUAAAAGUACUGACUUGUUUGAAACAGAAAAAAAUAAAAUAAAUCCAAGCUGUCGAUCGUCCACACAAACUUUUAUUGCUGCUUCUUUUUAUGGCACAAAUAAUAGAAUACAUUGUGUAAUUGUUGCUAUGCUGUAACAUGCAAGCCUUUUUUUUGUUAUUUUUUUUUCCAUCACAGAGGACGAGCAGGAUCACACACUAAACGUCUACAUCUGCUUUGUACAGUUAGUGACUAGAAACAAGUCAUUGUUUUCACACACUACGGUAAUUCAUGGUUGUGACAGCUGAUCAUCGUCAUAGAAAAAACAAUCCCAGGGUGAGAAAAUAUCAGGAGGCAAAAAAAGGGAGGGGGGGGGGGGGCACACGUGAAAUAAUUUAAACAUUUCUGACAUUCAUCCUUCAGAUGUUUGUUUAUACAGAACAUAUAUUUAUUCAUAUUUAUAUUUGUAAAGAAGUAGUGCUUCAUUUUGAGAAGACAAAAAACACAACAGGGCUGCAUUCAGGGAAUGCUGUGCAAAUAACAUUUCUUUUCCUUGACAAAGCUCUCCACUUUCAAAUGAGCAGGACUGUCGGACUCACGUGACCUGCCAGCAGGAAACGACCACACGACGGUGACGCUUGCACAGUGGACUACCAGGGGGAGCCGCUGAGUGAGUUGCGCUUUUGUCUUCUUUGCGACAAAUGCCGACCCCAGAGGACGUGCGCGCGUGACCUUCAAACGUUAAAACCGAGGAUAAAAGGUCACCUGACGUCAAGAGCGAUGACCAAAUCGGAUCUCUUUGACGCCGGGUGAGGAGUCGUGCGGACUGGAUGCUACGCGGGCAGUGACUGGCCGAGGGUGCUGUCAAUCAAACGGCGUGCGUGUGUGUGCUCCCUUCGAGUCACACCAUUGCUGCUCUUUCAGACAGUUUGGCAAAUCUUUGUGAUGACUCGAAGGCAGCAACACGUGGACACUUCCUGUCACAUGGUUAGCUGUGUGUCUUCUAGAUGGACUUGGAUGAAUCUUGCUUGCUGAUUAGGACCUCCAGGAGGCGGAGCUUGGCCUUGACCCUCUUGUAGGCUCUGUACUCGUCCAUCAUGGGCUCGCGGUCCUCCUUCUGGACGUUCCUGUCACACAUAGGAGGUUCUGUGUUAAGAUUCGUCAUUCUGGGUCGUGUGGCUUCAAACAUGAAUAAAUGACCACAGUUUGACUCUGGAAAAGAUCAUUUCCAUCUAAAUUUGGAUUCUAGAUGCAAAGAACCUUUGAAGAUCCACAGGAAUGGCACUAGAAACAUUGUGAAUUUCCAGCAUUGUGUGUGUCUGUGUGUGUGUGUGUGCGUGUUCCACCUACCUGCCGUUAUGCUGAUAGAAAUCUUCCUCGAAGUCUCGAAUGGUCUUCCUCAGUUUCUUCUUCUCUGCUCUGGCUUUCCACAGCUGUUCCAGCAGCUCUGGCCUGAGACGGAAAAAGAGGACAGGAAGUGAGGUCAGCAUCUAAACCUGAUUGGAUUCUGUGUGUGUGCGUGUGCGCGCAUACAUGGACGAGGUGUUGGACGUGGACAGUCGCAGGUCGAGCGCGAGCUUCCCUGAGCCUUCCUCCAUCUUGCUGCUGAUUGUCCCUCCAGGGGGGGCGUGGGGAUCCAUGGCCAUGAUGACCUCUGAACUUUGCAUCUCCCCGCCACUGCUCUCGCCUUCCUCUUCCUCUUCUUCCUCCUCCUCCUCCUCCUCUUCGUCCUCGUCUUUCUCUGCCUCCUCCUCGUCCUUGGCAUCUCCUUCCCGCCUUCCCUUGCACUCAUCCUCCUCCUCUUUGAUCUCCUCCCAGAAGUGGGCCGUCUCGCCCUCGAUGAUCGGCUGGAGGGUUUGACUUCGCCUCUUGCUGGAAGGAGACACCUUGGAGAGGAAGUGAAGAGCGUGUGUGAGUGAUGCUAAUGCUAACGCUGCUACCGCGUGUACGGGUGUGCACUCACAGUGGCGGGUGUGAUGGUGACUCUGGUCAGCAUCUGUUUGACAAGCCGGUAGCGCUCGUAGAGAGGCUUCACCACCAGACGCUCCUCUUGAGUCACCUGGAACACACGCAGGACACUUGAUGGACUCAUACUUUCAUCCUUGCAUGCAAUGAAGAAUGAAUAUCGUGCGGGGGUGACUCACCGGUCGGCCGUGCAGGCCUUCGUAGUGCAGCAGGUUCUUUUGCAGGACCGUCUUCUCACAGGACAGCUGCUCUUUGGUCAUCUUCUACACAAAAAUGGCAGGUUUGAGGCUUCAUUGAAUUGCGCCGUCGCCUCCACCAAGACGCACUCGCUCACCUUGAUGUCGUCAGGCCAGCCGUCCUCCCGCCGUUUGCCCGUCACCCUGCGCUGGAUCAGCUCCAGGGUCUCCUCCCUGCUGGGGUGCUGACCUUUCACCUCGCCCGCCGACGCCUCGUGGGCUCCCUGGUCCAGGGUGGAGCCAAAGCUCUUGGGCAGCGUGUUGCUGCGAGGACGAGUCAGGGGGCCGAGCUCGCUCUCGGCGCGGUGUUUGGCGUCUGAAGGGGGUGGAGGAGGACGACCACAGGGACCAAGGUCAAAGAUCAAACAAGAAAACGGCAAGUGAGAUGAACCAAGGAUGGAAGAAAACUGGAAUGUAAACAUCAAUACCUCAUGGAGAUCACAACACGAUGUGACACACACACACACACACACACACACACACACACACACACACACACACACACACCUUCCUAAACCAGAGGUCGGCAACCCGCGGCUUCGGAACCGCAUGCGGCUCUUCAGCCUCCUUGUUGCGGCUCCCUUUGCUGAGCUCAGUGAUUUAAAAUGUUUUUUUUUAACACAAGUACGGGAAAGUGCAUGUUCAAAAAUAAUUUGAAAUAUCCGACUCACUGCAAGUCCGUGAAUGCAUCUAGACUGUGUUCUGACUGCUGAUUGGAUAAGCAAGGGAAGGGGAGGUAGGCUAGUGUAUGCGGCGAGUCUCACUGGAGAGAAAAAAGGUGACUGAGUUUGGAGUUGAGUUUGAAGCAAAUUACUGCACAGUAAAAUGAAACUAUUGAAUUUACAAGAGCAUAGCGAUAUGUUUUAAAACAAUAAGUGCACUGUAGUGUGUGUUCGAAGCACGUGACACGCUAAUCGCCGAGGUGCUGACUCUGGGAGAGGGAGCUGGCGGUGUCAACCUGCUUGUAACGGCUACAAUAUGUUGUUUCACCUUUAUAUCGCCAAAUAUCAGUCCCUACAUUUGUCGCCAGUCGUAUUUGGGAAAACAAAUCACCAACGCAAGUUUAUAUGCUGUGUAAUGUUUUGUGGCUCCAGACUUUUGGGGUUUUUUUUUUUAACUGGAAGAGUAGGCAAAAUGGCUCUUUUGAUGCUAAAGGUUGCCGACCCCUGUCCUAUUUGUUAUUUAAGACAUAAGACUCAUGCUCGUGUGUGUUGCAAUGAAGUGAUGUCAGGGUUUCAGAGUUGAGUUUUAACUGGAGUGGAUUGCAACCGCCACAGUAGCCUGCGUUAUUAUCAUGAUGAUUAUUAAUUAGUAUGUUGUUAUUGUGCAUGUUGUGAGAUCACUUCAACCUGCAAUAAAAGCCUGCUGUUUCGGCAAUCAAA